CCCCAGCAUCUAAUUUCAUCCGUGAAGACUCCUCAUACAGGCCUGCUGCUCUUUCUGGAAUAAUCGCUAUGAGUUUCUGUCGACGACGGGCCUUGUUUUCUAAAAACAACCUGUUGAAAGUGUUUCUCCAUGCUCCUGCCUCCUGGUAAAUGUUUAUGGGAGAUAUUAUUUCGCCGCUCGGUUGCCAUGGCAGAAAGGGAAGGUGUCUGAGCGGUGUCAACUUUUCUUCACAUGGCGCUUUUCUCGCUCUGAACGCGGUCUGCAUGCGAAACGAAUGCACUGGAGAUAAACCGCUUCACAUCGCACUGAGGAACUCCGGGAGAGUUUGACGACGACGUGGGACAUCGAGUGCAUACCUGUUUUCGCCUGAAUAAGAGCAAAACGACGAGGCCACCAAAGAGGCCGUUUUCUUGGGCAAAGCACCUCUAAUUUCUAACAUUCUCCUUUGCUUGUGUUUGACAGACAGCCGCCAUCAUUCCGUGCUGCAAGGGUGACCCCAAAAUGUCUUCCAACGGUGAUCUGCAAGACGUUGGGAGCUGGGACAGCUUCUGGGAGCCUGGGAACUACAAGAGGACGGUUAAACGCACUGACGAUGGCUACAAACUAUGCAACGAGCUGGUCAGCUGCUUCCAGGAGCGUGCCAAGAUUGAGAAGGGCUAUUCUCAGCAGCUGAGUGACUGGGCCAGGAAAUGGAGGGGUGUUGUGGAGAAAGGCCCACAGUAUGGGACUCUGGAAAAGGCCUGGCAUGCUUUCAUGAAUGCAGCAGACAGACUGAGUGAGAUCCAUAUGGAACUAAAAGAGAAACUGGUUGUUGAGGACAGCGAAAAGAUUAGAAACUGGCAGAAGGAUGCCUUCCACAAGCAAAUGAUUGGUGGAUUCCGUGAGACCAAAGACGCCGAUGAAGGCUUCCGCAAGGCCCAGAAACCCUGGGUCCGAAAACUGAAGGAUGUGGAGUCUACCAAAAAGAGUUAUCACCAAGCCCGGAAGGAAGAGCGCACGUCACUGACCCGUGAAACACAUGCCAAGGCUGACCCCACCAAAUCCCAAGAUGAGGUCCGCAAGUUCACGGACCGCCUGGAGAAAUUUACCCAGGAAGCAGAAAAGGCUAAGGAGCGUUAUGAGAGAGCCCUGGACGAGCUGAAUCACUGUAACCCACGUUACAUGGAAGACAUGGAGCAAGUGUUUGAAAUCACACAGGAGGCAGAAAAGAAGAGGCUGCGCUUUUUUAAAGAAGUGCUGCAGGACUUACACCAGCACAUGGACCUCUCCAGCAAUGAUGGGUUAGUCUCUCUGUCAUGCCACUGCUUCACUCUCUACAUAGAUGCUUAUCUUCAAGGACAGCAUCCUAAUCAAAAUAUAUGAUUUGAAACUCUUUAUGUCGGCAACAAAUCGCAUGCAACACAAACACAGUGCUUUAGUGAUUUAGAGUAGAGUCAUGUUGCUAAUGACUCUUUACUA